AUGAAAUCCGCUAUCAAUUCUCCAUGGAUUUUGACAAAGCCAACUAAGAGGCGAAAGAGGCCCAUGGAUGACAAGGACCGGUUUUAUGACAUAGUUUCCCGUAUGUGUUCAAGCAAGGAGGGUGACAUGCCUUUGGUGAAAAUCUCUGAUGAAGAUAUCACUCGGGAUCAGCUAAGGACACUUGGCGGAAUUGAGAAAAUAGGAAGGGCAGGUGAAGCGGCACAUUUUUAUGCUGAUUUUAUGGCAAUAAUGGCAGCUAACCCAAAGCUGUGGGAUGCUACAAAACGGAAGAAACAAUUUUUACCUGAAAAUGUAGGCUACAACAUAGGAGAAUGUGAUUUGAUCUUUGGACCCACACUUGUUGGCGCUCACUGGUUCUGUGUUGUGCUUGAGCCUAGCACAAUGAAUUUCUAUGUGCUGGACUCAAUGAAGCCAAAUUUAGAGGGUAAGAAGAAGAGCAAGAAGAAGGGUGUAAUUAUUGAUGACAUGACGACCGUCGUCACUGAAUGUAGGAAUAGAUUUUAUGACAUUAUUGAGAUAGUUAAGCCUAAUGCCACUGGGAAGAAGAAAAUGAGUGAUAUCAUUUGGGCUCCUGUUCCGCAACAGAACAAUCUGUGA